UUCUUCCUCGAUUUCCUGUGUCACAUUUAUUGUUUCCCCUAUCAGAAGUGCACAUUUACAGACAUGCUGAGUUGUUUCAAAGAUAAAGUUGGUGAUGUUUUAUUACCAGGAGACGUAUUUUCUUUUCAAAUGCCUGAAAGUAUCACCGACAGCAAACCCGAGAAAGUUGUUUGUGGACCAGGGCUUCGGCGAAACGGAGAUGAAGUUCUCGUUUGCAAAAGCGGAAUCCUCCGACAUAAACAACCGAAUCUGUACUGGAUAGACUCUCAGCAAAGGAGGUAUGUUCCAGGGAAGGGGGAGAGUGUGAUUGGCAUCAUAGCUGCCAAGUCAGGUGACAUCUUCAAGGUGGAUGUAGGGGGGAGUGAGCAGGCGUCACUCUCCUACCUCGCCUUCGAGGGGGCUACCAAGAGGAAUAGACCUAACGUGCAGGUAGGGGACCUGGUGUACUCUCAGUUCAUCAUUGCCAACAAAGACAUGGAGCCGGAGCUGGUGUGUAUAGACAGCUGUGGACGAGCCAAUGGGAUGGGGGUGUUUGGAGCAGGCGGGCUUCUCUUCAAGGUGUCCCUGGGACUUGUACGCAGGCUGCUGGCACCCCAGAGUGAGAUAGCCAAGGACCUGGAGAAGAUGUUCCCCUUUGAGAUUGUGGUGGGGAUGAACGGGCGGGUGUGGGUCAAGUCCAAGACCAUCCAGCAGACCCUCAUUGUGGCCAACCUGCUGGAGAGCUGUGAGAACAUGACAGCGCAGCAGCGACAGACGCUCUUCAGAAGGGUGGCCGAUGGAUCCAUCUAGGCUAGGGGACCACUCUGCUCCGGAGAAGGAUGUUCGAGAACUGUCUGAAUUAGUGGGGUUCGUCUCAAUCAUUUGAAGGCAAGGAGGCAUUGGUGUGGUUGUCUCCUCUCCUCUGUGACUACUGAGCUAAAAGGACCUGAGUGAUGAAUGCAGUGUAGAUGAAACUUAUCAAGUCAAAGGGGAUUUUGACCCCAGUGUGUUUGCGCUGUGUGAAGAAUCUGAUUUUUUUUUUUUUAAUACAUAUUUUGUUCAACUACAUUUUGAGAAAUAAAUAAUGAAUCUGGGUUAAUAAAAAAAAAAGUGCACCUGUUCAAACCAG